AUGUUAUUAAACCCAGAUCAAAUUCUAAACCUAGUUCGAAAAGUAUAUGAAGUAGAUAUUAAACAGUUUUAUUCGCAAUUACGGCUAAAGAACUUAAGAGGAUUGUUAGACCAUGCUGCUCAUCUGUUUAAUGUUUACCUGAGGGAUUUAGAAAUCAAUCAGGAAAUGGAAGCUUUGACAGCAUUUAUUAUUGGUUGUUAUUAUCUGUACCUUAUUAUUCCACAAUCGUUACAAUUCCAAACAAGAAAUAAUCUCUACAGCAGUUACGCAAAGCUAAAAAACGACUAUCAAGACGAACACGUGAUGGGUUAUGUGUUAAAAGUGGUAAGAGAUGAAAGUACUGUUAUUGUUGACCGGUAUUUAGCGGAGUCAAACGGAAUUUGCAGGACCAUAAAAAGAAAAAGAGCCUACUCCUUACCGCUACGGCCUUUACCUGUUCAUAUGGCCUCUUUGUCAAUACAUAACAAGUUUGAUGGCUCACUACAUGAAAUACCGAAUGAGCUAACAAAACCAACAAAUGAUAAUUCGAAAGAGGACAUAGUCAGGGAAAGUAAUCAGAUAGCAUCAAGUAAUAAAUUGGAAGCUGGUUCUGAAGUGGCGUACUACACAAGCAAAGAAGCAUUAUCAAAACCCUCGUAUUUAAAACUCAGUACUGGAAAGGAUGCAUUAUUCAAAACGCUGUCUAGUCCAGCAACUGCUCCCCCCGUGCACUCCUUGGAGGUUUCGUCACAAAUCAGAGAUUCUAGCCAAGAUUCUUCAUCCUCUUUAUCCAAGGUGGAAAAGCCAAAGGAGGAAGAAGGAAAGAUCGAGGCCAUAGAAUCUUCGGCCCCGAAAGCUUACAAUCUACCAGUAAUUGAAGAUUCUAAUGAUCUGUUAUCAGAGUUAUCUAUUACUGGCCUGCAAAAUCCAUGCAAUACAUGCUAUAUUAACAGUAUAAUUCAAUGUCUGUUUGGCACUACCUUAUUUCGGGAUUUGUUUUUAACCAAGAAAUAUAGGCUAUUCCUCAAUACUAACAAAUAUCCGAAAGAAGUCCAACUUUCCCGCUCGAUUUACGUUUUGUUCAAAAAAAUGUAUUUGAAUGGAGGAAGAGCGAUUAUACCAAAUAGAUUCUUAAAAAUGUGCAAGAAGUUAAGGCCAGAUUUGAACAUCCCAGAUGAUCAACAGGAUACACAGGAAUUUCUACUAAUAGUUUUAGCACGAAUACAUGAAGAGCUCUCGAACGAAAAUGUUGUCAAGUAUUAUCCAGAUCUAGUGUCAUAUGAUGCGAAUGCUUUACAAGUUAACCCAUCCAAAUACGAGAAAUGGUACGAGAGAAAUGUUAUUACUGAUGGUUUAUCUCCAAUUGAUCACAUAUAUCGAGGGCAGUUGGAGAACAUUUUGAAAUGUCAGCGCUGUGGUAAUUCUUCUUAUAGCUAUUCUACCUUCUAUGUUCUGUCACUUGCGAUUCCAAAACUAUCAUUGUAUAGCUUUACAAGUAAGUCGAGAAAAAUUAAAUUAGAGGAUUGCAUAAACUUAUUUACAGGCGAUGAAGAACUGUCAGGCGACAAUGCUUGGGAUUGUCCUAAUUGUAGAAUUACUGAUUCUAAAUCCAAAAAAGAAGAAAUUACUAGCCAGAAGAAAAAAUCAACCAUAUUCGGUUUUCAUUCCAGAUCAAGGUCAAAAUCACCCCACCAUCAUCACCAUCAUCACCAUAGCAGCGAUGAUUCAACAAAAAAUGCAAAGAAGCGAAAUUCUAAAAAGUUAACCACGAUUAAGAGUUUAGACUUUAUAGUUUUACCUCCGAUACUUGUCAUUCAUUUAUCAAGGUUCUAUUAUGAUUUAACAAAAAAAAACAGCACUGUAAUAACCUACCCUUUGAUAUUGAACAUUAUUUUAAAGAACGGUAAAGUGAUUCGAUACAAGUUAUAUGGAACGGUGAAUCAUUCCGGUAACCUUAUCAAUGGACACUAUACUUCUGUUGUGAACAAAGAAAAGAGCCAUGAAAUUGGACUGAAUAGACAAGUUUGGGUUACAUUUGAUGACGAUUAUAUACAGCAACAUCGCAAGGAUCGCAACAACUUUGAAGCCGGCAAAACAGAAAUGUCUAGCGAUGAGGUAUACGUCUUAUUCUACGAAAGAAUGGAUGAAGAGAACUAUGAAGAAGAAUUCUGUUAA